GCGCCUGGGGCGGCGGCGGUAGCCGCGGCUGAAGAAGAUGCAUCCGGCCGGCGCGGCGGCGGCGGGGACCCCCCGGCUGCGUAAGUGGCCCUCCAAGCGGAGGACUCCCAUGUCUCAGUCGGGCAUGGCAGACCCCCACCAGCUUUUCCAUGACACAAGUUCAGCGCAGAGCCAGAGCUACGGGAUGCAGCGGGCGGCUGGUGGCCUGGGCUACCCUGCAGCCCAGGCCACCUUCCUGACCGACCCUAUGUCCAACAUGGCAAUGGUCUGUGGGAGCAACCUGGCCGCACAGGGCAAGGAGCUAGUGGACAAGAAUAUUGACCGCUUCAUCCCCGUCUCCAAGCUCAAGUAUUACUUUGCCGUGGACACUAUGUAUGUGGGCCGGAAGUUAGGCCUGCUUGUCUUCCCCUACCUGCACCAGGACUGGGAGGUGCAGUACCAGCAGGACACGCCCGUGGCCCCCCGCUUUGAUGUCAAUGCCCCCGACCUCUACAUUCCAGCUAUGGCUUUUAUCACCUACAUCUUGGUGGCUGGUCUCGCUCUGGGAACUCAGGACAGGUUCUCCCCAGAUAUCCUGGGGUUGCAGGCGAGCUCCGCUCUGGCCUGGCUCACCCUGGAAGUGCUUGCGAUCCUGCUCAGCCUCUAUCUGGUCACUGCCAACACCGACCUCACCACCAUCGACCUAGUGGCCUUCUUGGGCUACAAGUAUGUGGGGAUGAUCGGUGGGGUGCUCAUGGGCCUGCUCUUUGGGAAGAUGGGCUACUACCUAGUGCUGGGCUGGUGCUGCGUGUCUAUCUUCGUGUUCAUGAUCCGGACGCUGCGCCUGAAGAUCCUGGCGCAGGCGGCGGCCGAAGGCGUCCCGGUGCGCGGCGCGCGGAACCAGCUGCGCAUGUACCUGACCAUGGCGGUGGCCUGCGCGCAGCCGCUGCUCAUGUACUGGCUCACCUUCCACCUGGUGCGCUGAGGG